AUGCCAGCCAGCGGCGAGGGCUCCACGGUGCACGACUCGAGCCGGCGCACGUCUGACAGACGCCCAGCAUCGCCUUCAAUCGUCAUCGAGAAAGCAGCGCCGCCCAUUGAACGCAUAUCUCCCUCAUCCAAUCGAUCUUCCGAGAAUGGUGCAAUGAAUGCAUCAUCUGCUUCUUCUGCGGCUACCAAUCGGCGCUCACCAGAGGACGGCAGCGAUGCCAUGACGACGCCGCCUCUCGCUGACGCUCCUCGUCACGCGCAGCUGUCGUCCGACAAGGGCCUCUCCCUCGAAUCAAACGGCUUCCUCAAUGGGGCCACUGAGACUGAGCCAAUUGAGGCUGCUCGCGGAGAAUUGCAAAGCCAAGACGCUUCAGAUGAGGCAUACGCUCGACAGCUCGAGGCUGAGUUGAAUGCAAGAAGACCCAGGACCGUGAGGAGACCGCCUUCUGUCAGCUAUGCAGAGACGGCUGCUGACAAUGAAGAGCAGUACGACAGCAUAAAGGACGACUUCAUGGAGGGUCCAAGCUCAAGACCGGCUCCAGGUCCAUCUCCAAUUGCAGCGAUCCCCUCGUCACGAAGUGUCCCCGCUUCCCCACGAGCCACAGCUCGGUCAUUGAGUCGCAGAGUCCCUCGCCAUCAUGACGAGGACACAUCAAUGCCAGACGCCAGCGCUGUCCUCAAUGUUCCAAGAUCGCAAAGUGCCGCCAGGGCAACAUCAUCGUCAAAGAGGAAAUCAGGUGCAGCCUCCACCUUUACACCCGUGCUCUUCGCCCAAGACGGCGUCAACUGGGAACGUCAGUCGCAAAGGUGCCAUGUCAGACGAUACCUCAACUACCCGAAAUGCGGCGCCUGUAUCUCCAAGAUGCCCUACGAACUCUGUGACUUUGCGGACAUCCGUAUCCUUCCCCACAUUCUCACUGAGGGCGCUGCCAGGGAGGAGCUUGAAUUACAGAAGACUGAAGACGGCAAGGCUACACUUGCUCGACUGGCCAGUGAGCCCUUCUCGAGCGUCCACUUCGACUACCCGCCUCGAGAUGGCCUCUUUCCUGCAAUGGACGAUGUCUCGCUGCAACGCAUCAAGGCUACGACAGCCAGUGCCCUCCUCGAGCACAUGCAAGCCGAGCGACAGCACGCCAAGAAGGCAGAGACGCUCUGGCGCCGAACAGAGGCAGCAGAGCGCUUCAGGUGCGCCAACUGCUACACGUCCAUUUUCUCUGCCUCCUACAUCUGCCGCGUCUGUGGCAAGGAGUAUUGCCCAGAGUGUGCAGACGAUAUGCAGCAUGGUCACGCACCUGAAUCAGGAGAGACACAGUCCUCACAACCAGGUGGCUCUGCUCUUUCGGCUAAGCUACCCAAACUCAUUCGUUGCGUUUACGGAAACACGCACUCGGCUGCAGAGCUCUGUCCUAUCACGCGCCUGACAGUCGAGGAGCUAGAGGACGAGGUAGCGAGGAUGGAGGAGGUCAUUGCAGCGGCCGCUGAGAAGGGCAAAGCUGCAGGCGGUACGGCAGUGGCGGAGGACGACGAUGAUGGCUCGCUCUGGGGCGGAGAUGCUUCUGCACCCGAGAAGAGUCGCGACUACGUACUCGACACAUCUCUGACGGGGCCACAAGUCGACGAACGUGUCGGCUCUCACAUCCUCACCGAGUUCGACAAUGAUGUGGAUGAAGCGACCUUCCGUCGCGAGUGGGCAAAAGGUGACCCAGUCGUAGUACACAAUUGCCUCGAUCCGGAACGCAUGAGCGCGCUCGGCCAACCCUCCGCCUGGGGCCCAGACAAUUUCACUACCGCCUCGUACCAAGGCGAGCCUUGUAUUGUUGAACGAUGCGAUAAUAGUCGUCUGCAGCAGAUCUAUGUCUCCAAAUUCUUCGAGACUCUUGGGAAGAACCAAGAGACCAAACGCGCCGCAGUCGGAGGAGAAGCGGGCACCUGGAAGCUUAAAGACUGGCCACCUCAAUCUGGCUUCGAUCACACCUUCCCCCAGCUGUACGCUCAUUUCAAUGCUGCACUGCCCGUGCCCAACUACACGAGGCGAGACGGCAGCAUGAACAUCUCUGCUCUGUACGCCCGCAAUGGCGUAUCGCCCGACCUAGGACCGAAGAUGUACACAGCAUGGCCAUCCACUGAGGAUCAGGCGGGCAAGGGGUCAACAAGGCUCCAUAUGGACGUGGCAGAUGCAGUCAACAUUAUGUACUACUCUGCUACCCCGCCCGACGUGGAUCCAGCAACCCUCCACCCUUCACACCGGGAUGGCGUAGCCGCAUGGGAUAUCUUCCCCGCCAAGGAUGCCAACGCUCUUCGCCAAUACCUGAUACAGCAUCGUGGGCUGUCCCUGCUAGAUGCAGGAGAUCCAAUUCACUCGCAGCUGCACUACCUCGAUGGGACCGACAGGCAACGUCUCUGGGCUGAGCAUGGCGUGAGGAGCUGGCGCAUCUAUCAGAAGAAGGGAGACGCCGUCUUCAUUCCCGCAGGAUGUGCGCAUCAAGUCUGCAAUCUCGCCGACUGUAUGAAAGUGGCCGUAGACUUUGUCUCGCCAGAGAAUGUGGCGCGCUGCUUUCAGUUGACGAGCGAGUUCCGUGAUGUGAACAGAGGUCAUAAAGCGUGGAAAGAGGAUACAUUGCAGCUGAAGAAGAUGCUCUGGCAUGCUUGGAGGGCUUGCCGCACUAUGGAGGGGCAUGACUAUGAGGCGGCAGCUAAAGCAAUUGGGGCAUCUGCGGCCAAGAUCAAGCUUGAUCGACACCAGCCGAUUAGGGAGAGGAUAUCGUCUAAGAGGGCUGCGGAGGAGACGAGACCGAGUGCUGCCAAGAGCAAGAAGAAUGUCAAGAAGAAGAAGGGGGAUGCGGCGAUUCUGUCCUCCAAUGUCGGCAGUUUCAAUGGUGGCACAGAAGAUGAGGGCUUGGAGAGCAACGAGGCAUCGAGAUCAGUUUCGCCUCGCAAGUCCGCCCGUAACCCACGACGCUCGGCAGCAAACAACAUCAACUAUGCUGUUACCGGCUUCAUCGAUGCAGAGGAGGCGGAAGACGAUUCCUACGACGACAACGGCGCUGGUGGCCGUAGGGGAAAGGCAAGCAGGCCGCAAAGCAAAAAGUCGUCUCGUGCCAGCGAGGUAUCCGCGAGUCGGCGAGUGAGGCGAUCCACCCCUGGAGCAGCUACCACCUUCCGCCCUGCUGCUCGCGCUACCUCUUCGGCGGCGGCAGCAACCUCAUCGAAUAAGCGACCCAGGUCUCGCAGCGCAGGCAGUAAUGGUACAGCAGAGCGUGAUCCUCACCAGCCCCGAUCAAGGCGUCGCGUCGUGGUCAGCGAUGAGGAGGAGGACUCGGAUCUCACCAGCGCUGCCGAGAGCUGGAGCGAAACGGAGCUUGCUGCGCAUUCCUCGCGUCGUCCUCCGAUCAGUCGCAGUCGCAGGCACGCCGCGAACAAGGGCUUGUACCGACGACGUGCCAGCCGGGGAGAAGAGCACGGCGACGAUCACGAGAGCGCUCAGCCGCCGCUCAUCUCGCGUGCACCUCUCGAUGCGAAAGAAUUGGUCGACCUCCUCGCCUCACCGCAGGACGUGACGUCCAUGUUCACUGGAAUGGUGGCGCCCCCCCGUUCUCCGUCCAAUCUGGAUACCGCAAGUGGGAGAAGACAGGAGGCAGAGCAACGGCGUGUCCGCGCGAUUGCUGCCCGCUGGACUGCGGCGCAACGGGACGCCAUGGGGGCGUUGCAUGACUUGUGGGCUGGGUGGGACGUGCAGGAGGAGGUCACUGCGCUUCGCUCUAGCAUGACGGAGGAUCGUGCUGCUGCAGCUGCGGCGGAAGUUGGCGGCGCAGAAGAUGGCGAGGGAGAGGAAUAUGGCCCGAAAACAAGACGGGAGAUGGAGCUUGAAGCAGAGCUGCUGGCGGUGAGGAAGCGGGCAGAGGAGAGAGAGGCCGCUUUGGAGUGGGAGAUCGGAGUUGCCAGUGAUGCUCUCAGGGCUAUUGAGCAGCACCGGGCGAGGACGAGGUGA